AUGGACGAUUACGAGUACGGGUAAGUUGCGGAGGAAACGUUUCGUUAGUAAACGGGGUUAAAAGUAAUUCUAAAACGGUUAAAAACUAUUAUGUAAAAAUCUCGCCACGGUGUUGUGUCCACACGGGAAGAGUUCUAUUGGUAAUCAUAGCGGCGGCGUCUGGAAAUACACUGCGCGUCUUAUCCGGGUUUUAGUCGAACCACACUGACGGAAGUCGUCCGGCUGCCAUUUGUCGGUUUUUUUUCUGUUCGAGUAAACGUAAGCGUUCGGUCGGUCGUUCGGUUUGUACAUGUUAAAGAGAAGUCAGAAAAGAGAAAACGAGAGGAAACGGACCGACGGUGGUUGGGUUUAGGUGUAUUAUGCGAAUGUUGAGGGUACCGCAAGAUAUGGACGACGACGAAAAAGGCAAACUGUUUGUUGGGGGCCUGUCUUGGGAAACAUCCCAAGACAACCUGCAACGGUAUUUCUCGAGAUAUGGCGAAGUGAUCGACUGUGUGGUCAUGAAAAAUGCGGAAUCGGGCCGAUCGCGAGGUUUCGGUUUUGUCACAUUCGCCGAUCCGAGUAAUGUCUCGGUCGUUCUACAAAAUGGACCACAUACACUUGACGGAAGAACUAUUGAUCCGAAACCUUGCAAUCCAAGAACUCUUCAAAAACCGAAAAAGGGUGGUGGUUAUCCAAAAGUUUUUUUGGGUGGGCUCCCAUCAAACGUUACGGAGACCGAUUUGCGGACUUUUUUCACUCGUUUUGGUAAAGUUAUGGAGGUGGUUAUUAUGUAUGAUCAAGAAAAAAAGAAAUCGCGCGGAUUUGGGUUCUUAUCUUUUGAAGACGAAGAAUCGGUUGACCGUUGCGUGCAAGAGCAUUUUGUUAAUCUGAAUGGGAAACAGGUUGAGAUUAAGAAAGCAGAGCCGCGCGAUGGAUCUGGAGGGGCAAAAAUGGGUGCAGCUGAUCCAUCUUCAACUUGGGGACCUCCUCAAACGCCGAUGGGAAUGAUGCAAGGACCAAAUGGGCAGAUGGGUGGACCGCCGAUGAAUUUAGGAGCUCCAAUGGGUCCAAAUAUGAUGCAAAGUUAUCAGGGCUGGGGGACAUCUCCACAGCAGCAGAGUUACGCCGGCUACGGCACCCCUUCCGGUCCAGGAUCAUAUACGGGGUGGGGCGCUCCGCCGGCGCCUCAAGGUCCACCGCCGCAGUGGGGAAACAACUAUGGCGGACCACCGCAACAGCAGGGCUACGGGUCUUACGGAUUGAUUGUAGGACCUGGUACAGGUAGCGGAGCGGCCAGUUGGAACAGUUGGAAUAUGCCGCAGAACAGCCAAUCAACUGGACCAUCUGCGUAUAUAACGGGGGAUAUGUACUCCAGACAACAAUCGGGUCCAGGAGGUCCCGCAACGCCAAAUGCCCCACCGAACAUGACGUCGUCCACGGCGAAUUCGAAACCGGGCUCUGAUUACAGCAGCUACGCGUAUGGAUCGUACAACGCGGCGGCGGACGCAGGUUACGGACCUCCUACGCGGUCGUACAGCAGCGACGCGGGGAGCCAGGUCGGAGGGUACUCGUCGCAGCCGCCCAACGCAGUACCAAGCGAGCAGAUCGUCGAAGUCUUCCAUCACCACCAUCACCUUCACUACCCCAACAACAACAACAACCAGACCUACAGUGUUCCUCAAUAUAAAUCCUCUUCGUCAUCCUCGACAUCGACUACGACGACGACGAUGAUAACGCCGUCAACAUCGACGACUACCGCCGAUUCACCGACAACGAUCAACAACAAUAGCAAGGGUAAACGAGGGAAUUUGAAUUGUUCCUCUGCAUCCGUAGGUGACUACACGGCGGCCGGCGGAGAUUCUUAUGCUGGGGGACCGCAGAGAGGCUCCUCGUACAAUAACCCGUCACAGCCGUACCACCCGUAUAGGCGAUAGAUAACCUACCCUCGAAAAAGAAAAAUGAAUUGAACGAUUAUCAUCCACCCGAAUCCAUUCCGAGCAAGAGAACGAGUGUCACACCUCACAUCAAUUUUGUAUUACAAAAAAUAAUAUUUCCAGCAUAGUUCGGACUCGUAACUUUAUAAUUAUUAAUUAAUUUUAAAAAUAAAUUUUAAUUAAUUAUGAUUUAACGGUCAAAAAGAAAAAAUUCGUGUGAAGUUACGAGAUCGAACACAACGUGGAAAUGAAAAAAAAAUAAUAAUAAAAAAAAUGAUAAUAAAAUUCAUCUACGUACCAUAAUAAAACUCAGUAACAAAAUAUAAUUUAUAACAAGUACCGAACAACAGCAAAUAUUAUCAAUCGUGUUAUUAUUUUUUCAGUUUUGUUGUGUUUUUUUAGUAUUUAGUCAGUUUCUUUUUCUUUUCUUUCCGAAGAAAAAAAUUUACUAAUUUGGCUACAUUAUUGCCGUUUUUUUACGUUUCUUUUAAAUUCGGAUCUUUACUAUGUAUUUGUUCAAUAUAAUUAUUAUUGCUGGUGUAGUAAGGCGUAGUAAUAAACGUAAAUUUAGUUUA